AAGUGACAGGACCGGGGUCGACAAAGUUGCAUACGACGACCUACCUACUCUCCACUCUGCACACCACGAACAAUUGAGAGCAUCGCCUACUCAGGAAGACCCGGCUGCCGACUGUGAUUUGAAGUCUCCCGUCUGAUAUACAUUUCAGACUUCCGUGCUCACUCACGAACCCCACGUCCAUCAUCUUGGAGGAGCCGCCGACCCGCGAUAAUCAUGCUGGUGCCUGCGUGAUGCGGAUGAGGGCUGGAAGCAGACAGUCAUGAAGCUCCUCGACCUGCCGCCGACGUUGCUCGGCUUCAUCGCCGCUCUCACCCUCCCAACCUCUGCUCAAUACAUCCCUCCCGCCUCCUACCAGACCGUACUCCAGUCGCCGCUCAAUGCCGCCAUCACCAUCUCAUACCUCCAGCCAGAUGCGGGCACCUGCACGACCGCCUAUGCAACGCAGAAACAGUACUCAGGCUACAUCAACCUCCCGCCCUACACCCUCGCCCCCAUCCAGCAAAAUUACAAUAUCAACACCUUCUUCUGGUUCAUCGAAGCCAGGCAGUCCCCGCAGACGGCACCUUUAACAAUAUGGCUGAGCGGCGGACCUGGCACGAGCAGUAUGUUUGGCCUGUUCAACGAGGUGGGCCCGUGUCAGGUGGUGCAGAUGGAGGAUGGAACGUACGGCACACAGGUCAAUGAGUGGGGUUGGGACCGGAGCAGUAACAUUCUGUUCAUCGACCAGCCCAAUGAGGUCGGAUUCUCCUUUGAUCAACCCACCAAUGCCUCCCUCAACCUCUUCUCCGGCGACGUCUUCGAGCCGCCGACUCUGCGUCCCAAAGGCUUGCCGAGCUACAUGUACCUCAAUGGCACUUUUGGCACUGCCAGCUCAAGCGAAUCUGUCCCUUGGAAUACAACAGCAAAUACCACCGAGAUUGCUGCGCAAGCGACGUGGCAUUUUCUGCAGGCCUGGCUGUCGGCGUUUCCCCAGUACAACCCUGCCGUUCCGCCGAAUGCCACAUCGCCCAGGGCCGCAAUGAACACACCAGCGGGCGUCAAUCUGUUUACGGAAUCUUACGGCGGAAAAUACGCUCCCGUGUUCGCCUCUUUCUUUGAAGCGCAGAACCAGGCUCGGGUGAAUGGACCGCUGUCGAAUAGCUCGAGCCUUCCUAUUCAGCUGCAGACUGUCGGCAUCCUCGACGGCAAGAUUGAUGAUUUGAUCCAAGAUUAUUAUUACCCUAUUUUCGCAUACAACAACACAUACGGCAUCCAAGCGAUUAAUGAAGUCGAAGAGCUUAAUGAAAUCAACGAAUACACCAACAUGUGUCUGGUGCAGAUCCAGGAGUGCCGGGCGGCAAUGGCAGCCACGGAUCCGCAAGGCUACGGCGAUGUCAGCACCACUAACGAUCUGUGCUCGAAUGCCGAAAUCACUUGCAACAGCAUUCUGGGCACCUACGUGGCAGCAGGCUACGACCCGUACGACAUCCGGCAAAAGUACCCCACCCCGGACCCGCCGGCUGCAUAUCAGGAGUACCUGAACUAUCCCUCGGUGCUGCAAGCGAUUGGAGCACAGGUGAACUACACUGAAAGCAGCCCCUACGUCCUAGAUGGGUUCGUCGCGACAGGAGACUCCAUCCGAGGCGGGCUCACGAACGAUCUCGCCUCCCUUCUGGCCAUGGGCGUGCGCGUUGCAUUGGUCUACGGCGACGCAGACUUUCUCUGCAAUUGGUACGGCGGGCAAGCCGUUAGCUUCGCCAUCGCAGACCUCGUACCAAGUUCACCCCUCCCCAGCUCCAUGCCAGGCAAUCCACCUCCUCCACCUUCCUACGCCGCUGGCUUCGCAUCGGCAGGCUACGCCGACAUCGUCGUCAACAGCACGUACGUGGGCGGCGCAGCACGGCAAUAUGGCAACCUCAGCUUCAGCCGGAUCUACGAAUCGGGGCACUUUGUUCCCUACUUCCAGCCGGAAACGGCCUUUACGCUGUUCACGCGCAUCAUCAACGGGCAAGACUUGUCGACGGGCGAUCCCGUCGACCUCUCUAGUUUCGGCUCGAGCGGGCCCGCGAACGCGACAUUCACUACCACCGCCUCCUACUCACCCGCUCCGACAUGUUGGGUGCGAGCAUGGAACCAGAGCUGCAGUGACGCCGACACGCAAGCCAUGUUUGCGGGCAAAGGCCUUGUCGCGAACGGGAUCUUCUACCUGGACAACGCGAAUCCAGUCUCUGCGUUGCCGAGCACGACGGUCUCGGCCGGCGAACCGGGGUCUCCUUUGAGGACUAUCGUGAGUCCCGAUGGGCCUUUGACCGGCGUGUACACGGCUACAGGCACACCAUCUCACGCCGCGGCGGUGCCGGGAGUGCGGUUGGCAACGCGGCCGGGAGAGUCUGGAGCCUUGUGGCCUUUGGUCGUGGUUGGUGUGGCUGUGCUUGUUGGGGGUGCGGUGGUUGUUUUAUGAUGAGGGGGAGAGUGGGGAGGGAGGGAUUAAUGAAGGGGUGGAGUAAGGAGGCCUCGGCUGCGUAAGGCUCACCGCGAGGUGAUAGAUUGCAGGCCUAAUCAUCUCGCUGUAAUCAAACUACAAGCGUAUUCAUUAUAAAAACGGAUAUGAAGGUGCAGUGGCUAUGAUCGGCUGAAGCAAUGGUUAAAGCACGUGGGAGAUUCGGGAAGGCCGACGCGGUUCGGUUCCUGCAUCGCGACGCCGGAUUUAAGCUUUGCAGCCGGGCCAGACCCUGCCGAAUGGGGCUCGUAGCUUAAACUAUUUUGG